AUGGAUGCCAAGGUGCCCCCUCGUCCGAGCUUGACAGGCAAUGGAGAGCUCUCACCAGAAGAAAUUAGUCUAGAAAGCAACGACGUCGUCAACGAAAAGGCUGUCCUUCGAAAGAUCGACUGGCGAUUGCUGCCAUUAGUGGUCGGCCUCCAUGCCAUCAGUCUCGUCGACAGGACAAAUAUCUCGGUCGCUCGCAUCUCUGGUAUGGAUGAGGACCUCUCGCUCGAUGUUGGCGCACGGGCGUCGAUCGCCACGUCAACCUUUUUCAUUGGAUAUAUCUUGUUCAAUAUUCCGAGCAACGUUGUGAUACGGAUCGUUGGUGCCGCUCGAUUCCUGGGCAUCAUCACCAUUGCAUGGGGGAUUGCAACAAUUGGCAUUGGGGUCGUGACCACAUGGGUUGCUGUUGCGAUCCUGCGAAGCUUCCUCGGUGUCUUUGAGGCAGGGAACACGCCUGGCUCAAUAUUUCUUGUCUCGGCAUGGUACAAGCGAUACGAAGUUCAAAAACGACUGGCUGUUUACUUCCUGGGCUCCUUGUUCAUUCAAGGCUUUUCGAACAUUUUCGCUUAUGGUCUGGUGCAAAUAGGGGAUUAUACGACUUACAAGGGUUGGAGAUGGAUUUACAUAAUUGAGGGUGCCAUCACCGUGUUUCUGGGAAUCAUGGCUUACUUCUGGCUCAUCGAUUUUCCAGACUCGAUUCGAACCAAAUUUCUUACCGAAAAGGAAAAGGCUUUUGUGAACGACAGACUGGCACAAGAGCGAGGCACGGAUGAGCAUCACAACGUGACCUGGAACUCCAUACGAGAGGAUCUGAAGGAUUGGAAGGUCUGGGCAUGCGCAUGGAUUUACUUCAGUGCGACAAUUGGCACGUACGCACUUGGGUUCUUCCUUCCCAUCAUACUGAAACGAAGUCUGGGCUUUUCUACAGCUGCCGCAUUCUGCCUGGCAGGAGCGAGGGAUACAUUCGCCGUUAUCGUCUCAUUCACACUGUCCUGGCUGUCUGACAGGGUAAGGAUGCGCGGACCGUUUGUCACCGGUCAAGCUGUCACCAGUAUCAUCGGGUUAGGCCUGCUAGCAUGGACAAAGUCACCAGCGUCCAGACUUGUUGGGGCUUUCCUGGGCACAGCAGGGUCCAAUGCAAUCAUUCCUUCGGCGCUUGCUUGGCAGGCGAACAACUGCAGGGAGGGAAGGAAGCGGAGCGUGGCGAGUGCCCUACAGGUGAUGUGCGGAGCGACUGGUGGACUCGUAGCAUCCUAUAUUCUACGUCAGCAGGACGCCCCAGCAUAUGUCCCUGGUCUAACUACAAUAAUGACUGUGCAGAGCCUAACAGUUCUGCUCUCGAUCUUUCUAUCACGAUGGUGUGGCAGAUUGAACAAGCUAGCAGAUGAAGGCAAGGUGGUUUUGGAAAAGAUGGAGGGCUUCCGCUACUCGAUGUAG